UGUGUUUUGGAUGGAGCACCGUAACAGAGACGCGUGUGUUUGGUGUGUUCUUCGACCGCUUGCGUUUCUUUCUUCCUGCUUUGAAGUGUUUGGAGGGAAAAUAUCGCGAUGGAUGAAGGAAAUCGAGCAGCACCUUCGGACUGGAUCUCACAGCAUCCUGUGUACCAGGACAUGCUGAAUCUGGGUGUAGAUGACAGCGCACAGGUUUACGGAGCGUUCCUGGUUUACCUCGACCUGACAGAAGUUCGGCGCUGGACGGGCGUGACGGCAGCACCGUGUCCUGAACUGCAGGCUGUUCUGCUGGAAGGCCGUGAAAAAGAAGGCGAGGCGCUUCAGGUGGUUUAUCCGCUUCCUGCUCACAGAAGCGUCAGUCACGGAGAUUUGAGGUGCAUCGUGGCUCGUGGAGCUGUCCUGCUCCUCUGCGCCGUGGCGUCGGACUCCACGCUGGUGUAUCAACGGCUGAGCGACGGCCUGAUGACCCCUGACCCCCCUGUGGACAUCAAAGACCUGGGACGCCGACAGCACCGCAAACGCAGGCUCCAAACGUGAAGCGUGAACACACAGGAAGAACAAAAAGGAGGAGGAGAAGAAGCAGCGGAUGUCGGACUCUUUCAUUCUGCACAUGCAGGAGGUGUUGAAGCGGCCGAGUCCUCUUUGAAGUCCGGGACAGCGUCAUGUUCAUGGCUCUCUCAAAAAUGUUGAGAAAGGCUUAGUGUAAGGCAAGGGCACUGAGACCACGACGACAUGGACAUCUGUCCCGGGUCCCCUUUUCUCCUCCCUUGCGGGCGGAGCGCUGACCGUAAACGGGAGGGAGGGAGGGAUGGAGGUGUUUGGGGGGUAAACGCACUCAGAGGAGAGGAAAAGGAGAUGAGGGAAGGUGUGAUCAUCUCGCAGAGGUAACAGUGUCAGGUUAUGUCACGUCCUCCUCCUCCUCCGAACAGUAGUCGCGUCCCUGAGGGAGGAAAAAAGAGAGAGAAAAACACUGAUUUGUACUUCCUGUUCACGCACAGGAUGGCUGCCGAGUGUCCUGUAUUAAUUGGUUUUUUCAAGUAGAGGUCAUAAAAAGAAUUUUCCCCGACACCCAGUUACUUUUGUUUAGUGACUGAAAGCUACUGAAUUUGAAAUCACAGACUUCCAAUUUUAAACAGAACAAUUAAUGAAUUUAUCUCCACGUGGCUCUAAAUUCUCGGCUAUUUUUUCCUGCUUCACCAUGACCCAAUACAAGAUACUACGUCAUGCAUCACGUAGUGGGCUUUCCCCGUUCACGCAAGGCAUUGUGGGAUACAAAUUUGAAACAGGAGAGAAAAAUGGAGGACGCGAAAGAGCGUGCAGGACCAAACUCGAGAAUUUAAUCUCGAGAGAAAUCUUGUGGGCUGGAUGAUGGAUUUUUUAACUAACAGAUCAGAGAGUGAAGGUCAAUGGCUGUCUUUCCUCAGGGUUGUGUGCUUUCCCCUUUGCUGUACAUCCUCUACACUAAUGACUGUAGAAGUCAGCAUAUAAAUAGGCACAUCCUGAAAUUUGCUGAUGACACAGUUAUUGUUAGCUUACUGCACGAACAUGAGUCUCAGCAUGGGCCAGUGGUUGAUGAGUUUGUCAGUUGGUGUGACAAGUUUUUUUUUUUUUUUUUCAUUUAAACACCUCAAAGACAAAAGAUAUGGUCAUUGAUUUUAGAAGAAACCAACCUUGUUCUCCAUCACUGACAGAUAUUAAUGGAAGUUGCAUAGAGUUGGUUGACCAGUAUAAAUAUUUGGGCAUAAUUAUAGACAAAUUUGAUGUGAAUACUGAGGUCAUUUGCAAGAAGGGGCAACAACAUUUGUACUUCCUUAGGAAGCUCAAUGUGUUUGGUGUUAUUUUACAAAACUUUUAUAGAGAUCUUGCCGCCAUCUUGUCGGUCAAAAACACCGCUGAAUACUGCUGCACUCGUGUACAGAAUGGAUCAAUUUCAACCGACGGACUACACGGCUCAUUUUUCUAAUGAACAGAUAACUAGAUGUAUGUCUAAAAUAAACAACCUACAGAUUAGUGACCCUUAUCGAUUACCGGACGGAGUUUUCACAACCGUGUCAGUGGAUAUUGAACUGCCAGACGUGUAUAAUUACCUCAUUAACUUUCCCUCGCUGUUCAGUGGUGCGUGCUUAUAAAUCUCUGGACAGUUAUCUUUACAGAAAUUCAGGAUUUGUCAUCUUGUAAACAAGAAAAUAACAAUCCUCAUUGGACGGGUAAGUCACUUAAGUAUUACUAGUACUGAUACUAGAUAUAUCAGUAGUAUCUAGUAUAGCACUGACCAGCCGAUUAUAGAAUAGAAUAAGGUAAUUCCAGCUGUAAUUCCAAAUCGUCCGUCUUGUUUGCCAUGGAUCUGGCGUUGGAGAGGUAGAGGCUUGGCAGUGGAGGUUUGAGUGGCUGUUUUCUGAGCUUAGUCAACAGGCCGGCUCUGCCUGCAGCCUCGCUUUUGCUUCCACUCCCGACCCGAUAACAAUCCAGCGAGACCAGCGGGGUCUCUGUAUCUCGUCCGGAAUGUUGUGCAUGCGAUGGAAAUCGCUGGAAACCAAUGUCCAGUAAGUCCAUACGGUUGUAGUGGAUAUUGAAGUCCGGUACAGACGAAUAACACGCAAAAAUACACACAAAAAACAAACGUGCACAGGUGGGGAGAGCUUGUAGCCGCAGCCGUUGUAGUAGAAUUGUAUAUAGUAGGGUUUUCCAGAAGAAAAGGUAGAAGUAGAAGGCGGAAAUAUGGCGUUUGACCGACAAGAUGGCGUCUGUUACAAUCUGGAUCGGCUGUGAUGUCACAUGCAAGAUCUCUAUAGAAUCUGUUCUCAUCUGGUAUGGGGGCAUCAGUGUUAGGGAUGAUAAUCUCAGCCAUAUUGUAAAGGUGGCUAGGAAGCUGAUUGACUGUCCACAGUUAUCCCUGCGGUCAAUUUAUGAGAAACAGGUCAUCCAGAAGGCAGGGUCAAUAUUGGACUGUAAAGAUCACCUUGUUCAUUUGAAGCUCUCCCCUCAGGCCAAAGACUAAUGGUGAUGAUACACGGGGCAACUUUUUGGGCAAUGUUGCCAAGCAAAGUUGCUGGCAACGGGCAACUAGGUGAGACUCAGGGCAACAACAGUUAGCAACGGCAGUUUACAGUUAGCUAAAAAAAAAAAUUGAUGUCUUAAUUUUUGCUGUGACCAUUUAAUCAAGCUGUCUGUUGUUUUUUAGAGCUUUGGUGAGGUAAAUUCCUCCAUAUAGAAUAUUAAAAUAACUUACCGGCGUAAAAACAGAUGAGGAGUCUCUCCAUCUCUUCACUCCACUGACACUGAGCGGCCGCCAUAUUUGUUUGAAAUUUCUGAUCCGAACCUCACCGGAGGUCACAUGACUCGAUACUCGCGUUCUGAUUGGCUUAUCUCAAAAAGUUGCCAGAGAUUAUCAAAACCAUUCAGAAAGAAGCAAUGUUGCCCAAUCUCAAUAGAAAAGAGUCAAAACGCAAUUGCCCAGCAACAUUGCCCAAAAAGUUGCCCCGUGUAUCAUCACCAUAAGAGUCCCCUUUUAGAAGUCCAGUAGGACAAGACACUCUUAUCCCGAGUGCAAUACGUCUGCUCAAUUUGCACAAAUUUGUUUUAUUGCACACAAAUGAGUCUGAUGACCAUGUGUCAGAAAUAUAGAUAGGAAAGACAGUGUUUGUGUAUCUGUACCUGACUGUAAGACAAGUUUCCCUUUGGGACAAUAAAUUUAAACUGAACUGAACCUAAUAAAUAUCGGCGUUCGUUUAGCGACAGAACAAAAGGUUUGACUGCGCGAUUUCAUGCACGUUUGCUUUAAUCCCUUCAAAUUAAAUAACUCCCCAGCCACAGAAUGUCCUGAUAUUUUGAGAUAUCGCAAUCGCCACAUUUCAGACGGAACUAAAUUUCACCGGUUUUAUGAAAUCGAAAGGCCGUCUCACUUUUAAUCACUCAGUGGAAACAGAAUUUUGUGCGAACCCUGUGUUUGACGCUCAACUUGGAGACCUGACAGCUGUUUUGGCUCUUGUGGACACUGCAUUUAAUCCUCCAGAAGUAUUAGAAGUGAUGGCUAUAAUUACUACAGUUUCAUCUGAACUGAGGGUUCGUCCUUGAAUCAGAUCAUCCUCCAGAACUUCUACCACAUGACUCUGCCUUCCAGGUUUAAGCCACGCCCCCUAGCUGAUGUUGGAAGAAAGUGACGGAGCUCUGACUGUUUAUCUCCCCGUGUUAGAGACGCCGUCUCGCUGUGCGUGAUGAGCGCGGUGCACUUCUCACCUUCUCAAUCUUCUCAUCCAGCAUCCUGAAGAACUCCUGCUGGCUCUCUGACGAGUGGAUGCUGCGUGAACAGAGAUCAGAAACAAACCGUAUGGAUAAAGUCAAGGAUGUUUUCCACUCAGCACAAACACACUCACCUGAUUUUAUUAGUGUUCCCGCUUGCCUCUUUGUGUUUGCCCUUGUGCAAAAAUGUGCUCUUCUCCUGAAAACACAGCACCCACACGGCUUCAAAAGCAUGAUAUAAAACUGAAGAACACUGCAGUGUGCAGGGGUGGAGCUUUAAACAUAUGCAAAUGAGGUUUUUUUUUUUUUUACACUCACAUCCACAUAAAUAAAACAAAAAGAGGAAAUUAAAACCUGGUGCUCCUGGUUGCGCGUGUUCAUGCGCUCCUCCUCUCCGUGCUGCACGUACUUCACCUUCUCCACUCCUUUCAUUUUGUACUCGUCUAAACAAACAGUAAGAGAUUUGAUUAAAGCCUCAGCUGCUUGUCAUGAUUCUGUCUCAAACUCCGCAACUUCAAUCCUUAAUGAAUUUCCAACACCAUGAAGUGGGUGUGGCUAACUACAGGUGAUGCUUGCAUAAGCCCCACCCACUCAUUUGUACCCGUGUUUUAUAUGCUGAAAUCUCAACAGCACUUUUGUUCCUUUGUAAAUAAAAUGCACUUCAUGACUUCA